UUUUGCUCAUAUUUAUGAUAAUCUUGGUUCUGUCUACGAUUCAAUGGAUGAUAAAUUAAAAGCACAAAUUUAUUAUCAAAAAGCUUUUGAUAUUCGUCGAAAAGUUCUCGAUGAAAAUCAUCCUGAUAUGGCUCAUAGUUAUAAUAAUCUUGGUACAAUUUAUAAGUCAAUGGGAGAUAAAUCAAAAGCACUUACUCAUUAUGAAAAAGCACUUGAAAUUCAACAAAAAUCACUUACGACAAAUCAUCCAAGUUUAGUUAAUACUUACAAUAAUAUUGGUUUAAUUUAUCAUUCAAUGGAAGACGAAACUAAAGCACUUUCAUAUUGUCAAAAAGCUCUUGACAUUCAACUUAAAUCAUCUUCAAUAAAUAAUUCAUCCUUAGCUAUAACUUAUAGUAAUAUCGGUUUAAUCUAUAAUUCAAUGAAAGAUUAUUCAAAUGCAUUAUCAUUUUAUGAAAAAACACUUUCGAUUCAACAAAGUUCCAAAUCAACUAAGGAUCAAUCAAAAGCAAGAACAUUUUAUAGUAUUGGACUUACAUAUUAUAGAAUGAAAAAUUAUUCAAAAGCUAUUUCAUUCUUAGAACAAGCAUUAACCCUACAAGAAAAAUUAUCACCACCAAAUCAUUAUGAUUUAUCCAUUACUUAUAAUAUCAUUGGUCUAACAUAUUACGAAAUGGAAAAUUAUCACAAUGCACUUUCAUUUUAUAAAAAAGCUUGUACAAUUCGUGAAAAAUAUCUUUCUAAUGAAAUAUCAACAUUAGCAAUGAUAUAUAAUAAUAUAGCUGUUGCGUACAAUGCUAUCGAUGAUCAUUCGAAUGCAUUAUCAUUUUAUGCAAAAACACUUUCUAUUCGUGAAAAAAAUCCUAAAGAAGAUGAAUCAUCAUUGGCUAAUAUAUACAAGAGUAUGGGAUCAAUUUAUCAUUCAAUACAAAAUUAUUCGAAAGCUAUCAAUUAUUAUCAAAAAGCGAUACUAAUUGAAGAGAAAACACUUUCUUCAGAUGAUUCAUCUUUAGGAACAACAUAUAAUAAUAUUGCUGUUGCUUAUCAUUGUAUGGAAGAUAAACAAAAUGCUCUAAUAUUUCAUCAAAAAGCACUUGUUAUACGAGAAAAAACUCUUUCUUCGAAUGAUCCAGCAAUAGCUUCAACUUGUGAAAGUAUUGCAUCGAUAUAUCAUUCAAUGAAAAAUUAUGUUGAUACUGUUGCUUUUUAUCGAAAAGCAUUAACAAUAUUGGAAAAGACACUUUCUUCAAAUGAUGCUACAUUAGGAACUACUUACAACAAUAUUGCUGUUGCUUAUGAUUGUAUGGAAGAUAAACAAAAUGCUCU